GGCGAGAGAUUAUGUUAAUAACUAUUGUCCACUUGUUGAGCCGAUGCGUCUUGUUUUUCUUCUCACCACGAGUUGAUUUUGGAUAGUCGUGAAAUGGUUGACUGGAUUUUAACACGUGCGGUUUAUGUGGUUCUAUUCGCUUUGAUCUCAACCCUCGCUGUAAAUUCGCGGAGUCAAAAUUCCAUUCACCCGCGAAACACAAGCACCGAAAAUGCGCAUGGAGAUCAAACCUGUCAGCUUGACAGCAGUGACAUAAAUUCACAAAAUAGGUGGUCACCUUGUAAAAUACCCUGCAAAAAGGAUGAUGAUUGUAUCAAUUAUGGAAGGCACAUUUGUUGUCCAACGCUGCCUGGGAGUAGUUGUGUAGGAGAGUGUAUGUUGGCAGAUAUCAAAACUGACAGCAGCACCAAGAUGUGUGUAGAUAUUCUUACCCGAAAACGUUUUACUUCUGGUGAAACAUUUGUACUAGAUCACAAGUGUUGUACAUGUGAAGCUGGGAGAAUAAAGUGCAGUACUUCAAGUAGCAAUAUUUGUCAUUUAGGCUGUAAGAGGGACUUAAAAUAUUUCAAGCAUGGAGAAUCAAUUCCUUCUCAACCCUGUCAAAACUGUUCGUGUCAGAAUGGCUCAAUCAUUUGCUCAUCUGAUGUGAACUGUCUACAAGGGAAAUGCAAUUACAGAGGAAAAUUGUAUGAGGAAGGAGAGUUAUUACUCCUAAACAGAGGCUGCAAAGAGUGUGUUUGCCGUGCUCGCAGAUGGAAUUGUGUGGCAAUAACUUGCAGUGUUGUCCAAUCCAAGGGAAGCGCUCCUUCAAGUCAUCACGCAAUGUAUUUGCAGACAGCCAUAGUUUCCUUACUCACAUACACGCUUAAGUGUAAUUUCUGUUCUUAAGGAAACCAUGACAGUGACUCAGAUUCGCGAAAAUUUGGUGAAGAAGAGAGCUUUGUUUACUUAUUUUAUUCUUUAUGGUCAGUUGGAAUCUUUCGUAAACAGCGAAAUCCAAACCCUGAUGAUUGCAUUGGUUGUUCACGACCACUUUGUGCUCAGCAGAGAGGGACUUCUCGAGUAUUAAACCUUUUUCUGUGUCCGUGUUUGAUUAAGCAGCUGUGGGAAUAAUCUUUGGGGAACAUUUUAUGGAAUGGAGUCAAACUAAGGAGUAUAGCUCUUUCUAUAAGCUUACAGAGUGGUCAGAGUGUUUAAAAUUCGUUAAUAGACAAACAGGUAGACUAAUUUAAGUGUGCUAACAACGAGUGCUAAACGUCAAAUUGCCCAAUAGGGAAAAAAUGAUACUUUUAUGAUGGCGAUAGUGUCUAAGGUCGUAAAUUUAAACCUGUGGUACUCUUUAGCAAAACCUGUUAUAACUUUGGAAUAGCGUGUGAAAACAGCUUUAGAAGAUUUUCACAUCUUAUGUAG